AUGCAAUUAAAAGCUAUCUAUUUACCGAAUACACUACUCAUUCCUACACUUGAUAUUGAAAUCAUUUGGCAAACACAUUUACUUCGACCAGAAAUAUAUAGAGCUGAUUGUCUUCGUUUAUUUCGUCAAGUUGUCGAUCAUUCAUUGUUGACUACAGAUAUUCAACAGUUCUUAAAAGAGCAAGCAUUUAUUGAUACGUGUCGUUUUUAUGAAGAACGAUUUGGUGAAAAAUAUUGUCGAUUGCCAUCAAAUAAAAAUCACCGGAAACCAAUCCCGGACAACGUAUUUGAUGAAGAAGAUUUAAUAAAUGACUCCCAAGACGGCUAUUCGUAUUGGGAUAAAACAUUUUUCGAAUUUUCAUCGAACUCACCAAAACAAUAUGAAAAUCCUUUUUCAUUUACUGAAGCUGAAAUCAUUCUCGAUAGUCGUUGGCUUGAUUUAUGUAAAACAUUUAUGCAUGAUUCACUGCAACGAGUUCCUAUUCGUGGCUAUUAUGAAAGAUCACGCGACUAUAUUGAUCUUGGAACUGGAGCUAUGAAGCGUUUAAAAAAAUCUUACGAACGAUUUUUAUAUAUGGCAGCGAAAUAUCCACUGAAAGAUAGUAGCGAUUUUGUACCACCGACAUAUGCGAUAGACAUCAUAUGGCAUGCACAUAUGCAAGAACCAUUGAAAUAUACAGCUGAUUGCCUUCGACUGGUUGGUUAUAUUAUGUUUCAUGCACCAUGGCCGAUUAUUGAGGACAAGAAAAUAAAGAAAAAGAGCGACAGAACGGAUAACAUUUGGAAAGAAGAAUUUCAAAGUGAAAUAUCAACGGAUCAUCUCUAUAAUACUAUUGAGGAAAUACUUGAUGGUAAAUUUGAGACAUUUUACGUAAAUCAAUGUGCUUAA